GGUUGUUAGUUUUUUAGUGUCCACUGCCUUUAAAUUAACUGCGCCCCAUAGUUAACAUGGUUGAAAGAAUAAUCAAUGGAAGUUCAAUACGAUUGAAUUCCUGGUCGUGUCAUUCUACAUUCCAUAGGCUCCAUGAUUGUUGCGUUUGACAGUCGCCACUUUACAAACGAAUGUCUUAUCACACAUUCCCUCAGUCGGCCUACACACAGUGCCGCAAUUAACCAGAGAAACCAACAUUGAUCAAAAUGAGGACAAUGCGACUGAUGAAGCUGACAAACCUAAUGAUAUGUGGAAUUGCUCUUUUCCUUUUCUCUGCAACAUAUAUUGCAUUCCAGGAACCACAAAAAGGAAAAGCCAAGAGUCAGACCACAGAAGCAAGUUUCAGAGAAAGAAUUGACAACAUCGUCAAGGAACGUUCAGUCAAGACUAAAGACGUUUCACCUCAACAUGUUGACAACGAAGACACUUUACUCUUACCAUUUGCUAAACAAGCACCCCCUAGACAUCUACUUCAAGUACCAAGUUACAUGCGAAUGAUCAAUGCCUCAAAGAAAGGUAUUGAUGUGGACAUUUCAUGGGGUGAUGUAGAUCUUGGUGAUCUUGACCAGCAGACUGUUAUAGUUACUGGCCUUUCACAAUAUACAGAAGAGGAAGGUGUUGGUCUCGUGGCUUCAGCACAAAUACACAUGCCCUUCAAGAAGAUCAUUAUCUAUGACUUAGGAUUGCAGAAGCGAACAUUACAACGACUUCUUCCUCUGUGUAAUGUGGAAGUAAGAAAGUUUAACUUCACACUUUACCCUGCCCAUGUAAGGAUUCUAAGAAACAAUGCUUGGAAGUUGAUCGUUAUUACAGAAACACUGGAGGAGUUUGGUUCAGUGUUUUAUGCACACCCUCAUCUGCGAUUCAGAGCCCCAAUUAACAUCCUUUUUCCAUUCACUAAACAAAUGCAUGGAGUUAUUCCAAGUAUGACAGAUGAUUAUUCAUUAUUGCAAGCCACACAUGCCACUAUGCUAAGACACAUGCAAGUAUCAACAACAAAACUCAGUAAGAGUAAAUCAAAAGGCCCUAUUGCAUCAGGGGAUAUGCUGCUCUUUGUUAUGAAUUCAACUCUGUUCAAUGAAGCUAUUCCAAAUCUAAGAAAAUGUUUCUUGAAAGCUAAAUGUAUAAGUCCUCCUGGCUCAGUGUGGAGACUCAAGAAACCGAGUAAGAAGCUACAUCUUCAUCAUUUUGACCUCUCGGCAUUAUCAACGAUGAUGUAUAAGACGUAUAAUGAAAACUGGUCACCUUCAGAUGAUGUGAGACGAAUGAUGAAAAGAUUGUACGUAGUUUUAGAUGAAGGGGAUCCUAUUCAUGAACUACCUUGGUCAUUUCGUUGCAAUCCACCCAAAGAAGAGUUCGAUCCAGCCAAGAUGUUACAAAAGAAAUUAUAACCGAUAUGUCUAAGAUUCUGGCUGGAAAUCUCGCUGUGUCACAACAAACUUAAAUAUUAUUACCUGCCACAUAUGCCUCAUAAGUGUUUCUAUAAAUUAAUAUUCAAUGAUGUAGCAAAUAACUGUUAGGAUAAUCACAAACUAUUGAAAGUUCAUCAACCCCCAAACCUGUUAAUUACCAGCCGUCGAUUUCGCAAAACCCAAGGAUAAAUCCUAACUUAGGAUGGGUUCAAUGCGUCCUACGUAUUUGGAUAAGGAAUUGAACCAGUCCAAAGAUUAAUCCCAAGUUAGGAAGAGUUUGGUGAAAUCGACGGCAGGAGUAAAAACCAUGUAACUACUGAUAUAUUUUAAUUUAUUUACCAAUUUCAAAGGACUGUAAAUAUAUUUGAAAUUUCAAUUUUUUGUUCACAUCUAUCAUUUCAUAGCAUAAUAUUCAAUUUGUAUAAUUAGACUGUACAAUGUUAAAUUACCAGGGAGCAAAUUAAAACCCCACAGGUAACACUUGCACAGCUGCGAACUUGCAAACCCACCAAAGUGGUUGGGGGCUGUUAGGUUUUGAUAUGGACUUAAUUUUUGGGAUUUCAGUAGAAUAGGAAAACAUACCCAAAAAAUGUUUGUUUGCAUAAAGAAAGGACUUUAUUUUUUAAUAUCACAAUUUUCGUUUAAAGAAAAACACCAUGCGCAUAACCUAGACAUUUAAAACUCUGCAAAGAACUACAUGUAUUUAUAUUUAAAAAUGCACAAUUGAAGUUUAUAUUAUGUUUCAUCCAAAUUAAUUGUAAAAAUAAAACAUGGAUGUCACAGAGAUAAUAUAUGCAAGGUAAAUACUGUUAUAAAAAAUUUAGAACACUCUUUAGUAAAACUAGAUUAUUGCAAAAAGUACAAUAAAAAAUGGCGUAUUGAAGACAUAAACGGCUUUCUAUGUGUGACACUUUGGAACAUGUGACUGAUGAUGCUAUGGAAAGUGCUAUAGGGUAACAAAUAAUCAAAGGCAGGGCGGGGCUAAGGCGGGGCAGGCUAAAAGAUUAAUGACGGGG